UAAAUUAGUUUGCAUGGUUUUUACGUCACAUUUGACCGAGAAUCAUAAUAAAACUUAUAAAAUCUGUGAAUAUAUUUUAAAAGAAAUGGGAACUUUGACAACAUACUUUGCGCUGAUGAUCGCCUCCUGGGGAAUGCAACUACGUCCUCGACUUUAUCUUCCCAUGGGUGAAUUGGUCCUAAGUCUCAAGAUAGCCAACCUGACAACGGCUUUUAUAGAGGCCAAUCUGUAUACCCAAGUCACGAUGCUGAUUCUAGUGCUGCCCUCAAGGUUGUUUACAACUCAGAGGCAAAGGAACUACAAAGGGAUCUUCGUGAUGCCCUACAUUCUGCAAUAUAUGCGUUGCUUUUGGCACACUACACAAAAUGUAAAGGAGCUUAUGACUUCACCACUGAUGUUUCUACUGGAGGACUAUGCGUUAGCACACCUAAAAAUGAGCCUGAUUUUCGGACUGCAGUUGCUGGCAUUGAUAGAAAUCGUUUUUAUUUUAUUUUAUAGCCUGAAUAAAGAAACCCAGCAGAUUGCAAACUGAAGAAAUGGAUAAUCAAGUGGAAAUGUAAGAAACAGUAGCUAUAAGAUGAAAUUAAAGCACCUUCCGCUUCGCCAACUCCUUUCAACAAUUAGUAGCGGAUUAUUUGAUUAGCUCGCUAAUUGCCUUGUCCUCGACACCGCACCAAAUAAAUUCGGUGAACCACUUAUUUCUUAUCAGCGGCAAUAAAGGCGAGCCAAGCGGGAUUAAAGCCAACUCGUUGGCGCGCAGGAUUACAAGUCCUGCGGCGAAAACUUGAGCCGAAACUUUCAACACCUCGUGGCGGCGGUGGAAAUUGCGGAAAACUUCUUAACUUUUUAACCAACGGCGAACACAACACUUGUCGUGGCGCGUGCGAUAAGCCAGCGCCGCUUUUUUAAUUGCGCAAAGUCCUUGGGACUUCCACCGGCCCAAAGGACUCUUGGUUAAAGCC